UAUGUCUAAUUAGCAUUCACAUGAAACCGAAUGAAUUUUCGUUAUUUCAGUACUAAAUAAUUUAUACAAAAUUUUGUUCAUACAGAACAUUUGAUCUGUUUCAUCAGAUUAAUCUUGUGCGAUAAGAUUUUCGAUCUGAUAAGACGAAUAUUCUAGUUUCUGAUGAUGUGUAACAUGAUCUAUUCUUGGUUACUACAUUCUAAACAUUUUGUGCAUCUCAGUAAAUGGUAAAAUUUUUUUAGACACUUAAAUCUAUUUUCAUUUUACUGGAAAUUUUUUACAAAGUGGAAAAUAUGUAUAUUUAACUGCUACGAAACACUGAGAGUAUUUAUCGCUAAGGUUAAUCAGAACAUCGAAAGGAGGUUGCUAAAUUUUAGUAUAUUCACACUAAUUGUGUAAAAAUGUUCAAUUCCUGAGAAAUCUGAAGAUUUUCUUAAAUGAUUCACUAUUUAUGAAAGUACAACUUUCACUUUUUGACAUUUAAUGAAUACGGUACCUGUGGUGGUAGAUGCUGUGUAUUUACCUGCAGGCAAACUUGUUCAAUUUUAAAGGAUAAAUUAUUAAACAAUGGAAUCCUUUAAAUUAGAAAAUAUUUUAAACGAAAAAUACAAUAAAAAGCACGAUGGUUAUCUUCAAUAUGGAACAGCCGGCUUUAGAGCAGGGGCAGACCUUCUUGAUCAUGUUCUCUACAGAAUGGGAUUGCUAGCAGUUUUAAGGUCUAAAGAUAAAAAUGCUGUAAUUGGCUUAAUGAUUACUGCGAGUCAUAAUGUUGAAUCUGAUAAUGGAGUGAAACUUAUAGAUCCAGCUGGUGAGAUGUUGGAACCAGCUUGGGAACAGAUAGUCACUAACUUAGCUAAUGUCAAUGAUUCCAAUUUGAUUUCGACAAUACAACAGAUUAUAAAAGAACGAAACAUCGAUAUGUCUGUAAAUGCAACUGUAAUAACUGGUAGAGAUACUAGAAGAAGUAGCCCUGCAUUAUUAAAUGCUGCUAUCGCAGGGAUUCAAGGAUUAAAUGGUACUGUACAAGAUUUCGGUUUAAUAACUACUCCUCAAUUGCAUUACCUUGUUGUAUGUAUGAAUACGAAUGGUAGUUAUGGAGUGCCUACUUUAAACGGUUAUUACGAGAAACUGUCCAAAGCAUUUAAACAUGUAAGACAGGACAAAAUUAACAAUGGACAGUACGUCGCGGAAUUACAAUUAGAUGCUGCGAAUGGUAUAGGAGCUAUUGCUGUAAAAGAGUUCCACAAUUAUUUAGGGACGUCAAUUACAAUCGACGUAUACAAUGACGGAGAUGGUGAAUUAAAUUAUCUGUGUGGGGCUGAUUACGUCAAAGUGCAACAGCAACCACCUACGAACUUUCCUCUCAAACCAAAUGUUAGAUGCGUGACCGUGGAUGGUGACGCGGACAGAGUGAUUUAUUUCUAUCUCGACGAAAAUAAUCAAUUUCAUCUCUUGGACGGUGAUCGAAUAGCCACGUUGAUCGCCGCAUAUUUCAAAGAACUAUUGCAAGAAUGUCAGUUAUCAUUUAAACUUGGUUUGGUACAAACAGCGUAUGCCAACGGCGGAUCUACAGAUUACAUUUCAAAUGUAUUGAAAAUUCCUGUUGCAUGUGCAUCAACUGGUAUUAAGCAUCUACAUGGUAAAGCAUUAGAAUUUGACAUCGGAAUAUAUUUUGAAGCUAAUGGUCACGGAAGUGUACUUUUCAAAGAAUCGGUUGUUCAAACGAUUAAACAUGCCACCAUGAAUGCUCAACUACAGGCAAGUGAAAGAGAAGCUGCCUCUAAAUUAUUAAAUAUAAUAGACGUGAUUAACCAGACGGUCGGAGACGCUCUUAGUGAUAUGUUACUAGUAGAAACAAUCUUACACGCGAAAGGUUGGAGCAUUAUAGAAUGGAAAAAAAUGUACAAAGAUUUACCAAACAAACAAUUGAAAGUAAAAGUUAGUGAUAAAAAUGUUAUAACAACAACCAAUGCAGAGACGCAAUGUUUAACACCUGAAGGAUUACAGCAUGGAAUUGAUAAGAUUGUAUCGCAAUAUAAAAAGGGGCGAUCUUUCAUACGACCAUCGGGGACUGAAGACAUAGUACGAGUUUAUGCAGAGUGUGAAGAUACGUGUGAUCUUGACAAAUUAAUUACAGAAGUGGCACUAUUAGUAUAUAAAAAAGCAGGCGGAGUUGGACCCGAACCUUACUGCUCUUAACCAAUAUUUUUUUAUUAUAUCUAAUCAAUCUUCCACAUUGAUUUUAGAAUAUAAUUUUUAUGAAUUAGCGUAAGAGAUUCAUAUUCCGCUGUUUUUAAUAUGAUGAAUAUUUCUUUAGCUUUUAAUCGGAAACUAACUCUUGCUAUGAACUGAAACAAUUUUCAUGACUGUAUUGAAACAGUGUGAAAUUUUAAUCAAUUUUUAAUUGAGAUGCGAAAUCAUGUAUAAGGGAAAUGAUAUUUAAAUUGCAAUACUUUUGGAACAUGCUUCAUCCCAUUUUUAUAAGACAGUACAUACUGUAAUAUAUUAGAAUUAUAUUUUUUAUAU